CACAACUACAUUCCCACCAUUCCACCUUCAACACAGCUCCGUAAAACCCUAGCUACGAGGGGUAUGAGUCGUCAUGCGAUGGCCGCCAUGGGCUUCCGAAUCGCAAGCCCGAGAACAACACGAUGAACAAAACCAAAAGAACUGGAACAAAUCCCUCAAUGCGAUCGACUGGGCCGCAUUCACCGAACCCCGGACUCUAAUUCCUACCUUGAUCCUCACGACAGGAAUCGUCGGCGCACUGCAGAUCCACCGCCGAUACCUGCGCCGUUUCCCGGACGCCGUUAGCAUCUCGCCCUCGUACUUCCGGAAAAGGACCAUCCUAGGCCAAGUGACGAGCGUCGGCGACGGCGAUGGUUUCAGACUAUACCACACACCCGGAGGAAGACUGGCGGGAUGGGGCUGGUUGCCUUGGAAGAGAGUUCCCACCGCGAAGAAGGACCUGAAGGAUAAAACGAUCUCCGUUCGCUUGGCUGGUGUGGAUGCGCCGGAACUUGCACAUUUUGGUCGCCCGGAACAGCCUUAUGCUCGGGAAGCUCAUGAAUGGUUGACGUCGUACGUCCUUAAUCGCCGCGUUCGGGUCUUGGUGCACCGUCAGGACCAGUAUCAGCGUGUAGUGGCCUCUGCGUAUGUGCGACGGGUCUUCGACUUCCCGAUUCCUUUUCGUCGUCGUGAUGUCUCGUAUGAGAUGUUGACGCGUGGAUUGGCGACUGUGUAUGAGGCAAAGGCGGGUUCUGAAUUUGGAGGCCCUGAAUUGGAACGGAAGUAUAGGGAGGCGGAAUCUAUCGCUAAGCAGAAGGGAACGGGUCUGUGGAAGGGAUAUCGUCGCAAUCGCAAAGGGUGGGAGAGUCCGCGUGAGUACAAGACUCGUAUGGGAUUGGAGGAGCAGUCUCAUGGUAAUGGCAAUUGAGGCAAUUGAGAAAGAAGAUAGAUAUGACUCUGUAUAUUAGAAGGUAUAUGCCCAUAUGAUUUGUCUGUAUA